AUCCACGCCCCUUCUCCACGGCCGACCACUGGGAAGACGCGAGGCGGAUCCUUCUUUCUGGUCGCCAAGCGAAGUCCCGUCCAUCAUUGAGCUGCGCCAUUUUGAGCGAGCAGUCCACCUACGUAUCUAGGUCUGCAGAGAAACAGCGUCGAUUGCUCAUACGUACUUCUUUGUAUUUAGCGUUUUAAUUUCAACCGUUCGAUCGUCCAAGACAUCGAAAAUGUCUCGGGAUAGAUUUAACAGGAAUAACGGCGGUGGAAUGAACAAUUUUCAGCCACGUAGGGGUGGCGGCCCUGGUGGCCCGAUGCGAGGCGGACUGAUGGGGAACCCACAUUUCAGGAAUCACCCUUUCGGGAACCAGAACCAGAAUCAGAACCGAGGCGGACACAUGGGUAACAAUCUCAACAAGCCGCCGAACGGUAACCAGGGACCACCAAAGCCGCAGACGCCUCAAUCCACGCCGGCUAUCCUUCCUCCGUCACCAGGCCCUGCUCUAACAAUGAAAGGCCCUAUACAACAGCAGAAGGAGCAGCAGCAGAAAGAACAACAGCUGAAGGAGCAGCAACAGAAAACCCCUACCACCCCCGUACCCCAGCCGAAGAUCACGACACCUACUCCGAACCCCACUAUUACUGCGACUCCACCGAAACCGAAUAUUUCAUCACCUGCCCCGAAACCGAACCUCUCAUCGCCUCCUCCAAAACCGAAUCUAACAUCGCCUCCCCCAAAACCGAAUCUAGCAUCGCCGCCACCAAAGCCGAAUCUAGCAUCGCCGCCACCAAAACCGAAUUUCUCACCGCCCCCACCAAAACCGAAUUUCUCAUCGCCUCCACCAAACCAGGGAAACCAGGGAAACCGAAAUAUGAACCAGAACAAUAGAAACAUGAACCAGCAGCACCAGAAACCGCAGAUGACCAAUGUAAACGGCCAGCAGCAAAGGCAGAUGGGCCACCAAGGCCACAAGCAGUCUCCACAGAUGAACAAACCAAGGCCCCAGCAGCAGGCCUACAGACCAGAGGGGGGAGGAGAAGGUCCUACGGAACUCAAAGCAACCUUUUCGUUGCUUCUCAAACCCGGUGAGAAGACCUACACCCAGCGAUGCCGUCUGUUCAUUGGUAACCUGCCCAACGAUAUCAGCGAUGAGGAGUUCAAGAAACUGUUUGCCAAGUAUGGAGAGCCAAGCGAAGUCUUUAUUAACAAGAACAAAGGCUUUGGAUUCAUUCGAUUGGAGUCGAGAGCGCUGGCAGAGAUUGCUAAAGCCGAACUGGACGACACGCCCAUGAAAGGCAGGCCACUGCGUGUGCGAUUCGCCACACACUCUGCGGCCCUCUCAAUCAAAAACCUUUCGCCCUUCGUCUCCAAUGAGCUCCUGGAAGAGGCCUUCUCCCAGUUUGGCAUGGUGGAGAGGGCGGUCGUCAUUGUUGGCGACCGUGGUAAUUCCACAUGCAAGGGACUCGUCGAGUUUGCCUCCAAGCAUGCUGCCCGGAAGGCCCUUGACCGCUGCAAUGAAGGAGUGUUCCUGCUCACUAGUUCGCCGCGGCCAGUGGUUGUCGAGCCCCUGGAACAGUACGAUGACGAAGAUGGCCUCCCAGAGAAGCUGGCCCAGAAGAACCCCAGAUACCAAAAGGAGCGCGAGGAGCCACCCCGCUUCGCCCGGCCGGGGACCUUUGAGUUUGAGUACUCCAAGCGCUGGAAGUCCCUGGACGAGAUGGAGAAGCAGCAGAGGAAGCAGGUGGAGGUGAACAUGCGUGAGGCCCGCGAGAAGCUGGAGAGUGAGAUGGAUGACGCCUUCCACGAGCACCAAGCAACCAUGCUCCGCCAAGACCUGCUGAGGCGACAGGAGGAGCUGCGGCGGAUGGAGGAGAUGCACAGCCAGGAGAUGCUCAAGAGGAAGGAGAUGCAGCUCAGGCAGGAGGAAGAACGUCGCCGGCGAGAGGAGGAGAUGAUCCAUAAGAGGGAGGUGGAGGAGCAGAUGAGGCGCCAGCGUGAGGAGAAGUACAGGGGCGUGGGCAACUUCAUGGAAAGCAGGGAUCGUGAUAUGAGAAUGAAUCAAGGUGGAGCCAUGGGCCUGGCUGACAUGCCUUUUGGCUCUCCAAACCAGAAGUUCCCCAUGGGUGGACUGGGCUUUGAGGGACAGCAGGGUGGGAUGGGAGGACCCUCUCCUGGAGGCAUGAUGCCCAACGAAAUGCGCAAUGAGCGCUUCCCCCAGGGAGGUCCAAGGGGGAUGGGUCCUGGUAACCCUGGGUUUGGUAGGGGCCGCGAAGAGUUUGAUGGACCUGCCAAGAAGCCACGCUUUUAAACGCUGGCCCUGGCAGCCAUUUUGCCAGCAGCGGUUGCCCUCUUUGUGUAGUUCCUCUUAGGGCAAACCUUGUUGAGUCAUAAAUGUUGUAUUCAAGUUUCCAAGUGAUUGUGCAUUUUUAGCCCCAGAGACUCGAGUCAUUUUAUGGCACCUAACGAAAUUUCUUUCCUUUUUAUUUUAUUUUAUUUUUGUAUUUGGAGUAGACCAGUAGGGACCACGUAACCGUGGUCCACUAAAGGGUACCUAAUAUGACCCAUUUAUCAUUUCUUUCUUUAUACAGUUGUCUCAUAUUCUUUUAGUGGUCGUCAUGUAACAAUUGUAAUUUUCUCAACUUUCUAUCUAUGGCUGUGUUUUUGUGCCAACCAUUUGAAGUAAAAGCAUGUAUUACAAUAAAGACAAAUAUUGGUUCCAUCACAGGAAAAAGUCUUUAGAAUUGUUUUCUUAAAACAAGAUGAAAUAUCCACACCAUGAGCAUCCGUUUCCAGUAGUUUCAAAUACAAAAAAUGCCAGGGUGGUCACAAGUCUGAAGGAGAGGAUAACUUACUUACUUACAUGUAUUUAAAUUUUCAAAGACUUCGUCCAGGCAUUGAAAAUUAGUUUCUGGUUGGAUAACUAAGAAUUAUUCUAACAUGCAUUAUUUACAGUUACUGGUUCAAGCAGCUGUACUUAGUGAUCUUAACUUUUAAGAAGUAAGAUCAAUGCAGCUAGUUGACAUGUAAUGUAUUUUGUAGUUUUUGUUUUUGUUCUAUCAUGAGGGCCUGUCUAUACAAAACCAGGACCUGUUUUUGAGAUCUGAGAUUUGAUCUUGAUUAAUUUGGGGUGUAUCCCCUUCCAAAAUAACUUUUCUAUGUCUCAAAAUAUCCCCAAAAAACUUUUACAUUGGUUUGGGUCAAUAUUGCAUUGAACAUGUAUCCAAAGAACACUAUCUCUUAAGGAACAAAUUAUGGCAGCCCAAUUUGCUGAUAUUCAGAGUAUUCUCCCUGAUCGUUGCACCAGUCAAUGUGUCAAGCUUCUCUUAUACUCUUAUUUUAAGUUGGUUAAUGCUAUAUGUAUUUUAUAAACGAAUGCCAUUAAUUUACCUUAAUUCAUAAGACUGGAAAACACCAGUGCAAGGUUUGUCAUUUCCUUUGGCAAUCCAAUAUUUCUUAGGUGUGUUACUGAAUUAAUCGUUUCCAUUACUAUUUAUUUCCAAUCUGCUUGAAAGAAUGCAAGCGUCCCAAUAGAUCCAUCUAGUAUUCAGCUCCAUAAGGAAGCAUCACAUGUGCCCAAGUAAUGCCUUUAUUUUAGCCAAGACAAGAUUGUGUUUACAUUUUACACUCAAACAAAGAAGGUAUGCCAACAGCUGCCCUUACCUGAAAAAUAAAUGUCUAAAUUCAUCAUUGAGCCUCGAAUGCUUGUCUCCAAAAUGAUGUCCUCCUCAUCCGCAAUAAGUAGCCAAGUUUUAAGUGAAGUUCUUGGAAAAUUGUAGGUCAUAGCGUACAAGUAGCUAUUGUGAUUUGUUAUUUGCUCAGCAUUGUGUUGCUGUUUAUUUAAUUGAUAACGCAUCCACUGUAGAGCUGUAUGUAGAUAUAAAGGGCUCAAUCUAAGGUUACUUAAACAGAACGGUUCUUAUUUUCUUGAUAAUACAUUAAUUAAAAUAUUUAAUUUCUCCCAAGUACCUUCUGUUGGAUAUCACUAAAUGCUACACACUGUACUUGUAAGGCAACUGGAUUGGACAAUCCAAGCAUUCCUGAUGGGUCCUGACAAAGAAUAAUUGUCGUUUCAAAAAAUGGCAAAAGUAUUUCAGAAAUCAAGUUGUAACUGCUUUCUAACUGGCUGCCUGCUUUGACUUUGGUGAAAUAUCCACUGUCAAUCAGGCAAAAUUAUACCUUAUGGUCAAGCACUAAAACAUUGCAAACAUAUUAUUGCAAGUAACUCCCUAUGAGAGUUGGUUUGUGACUUCAAAUCGACCUUGUGCUUAUUCUCUUAAGCUUACGCUUUCUAUAGGUAUGUGAACUGAAUUCAAGUCUUGAGAUUGAUCCGGUUAGCAGGAUCUCUCGGGUUUGUGCUUUACAAAUAUUGGAGCAUUGUGAUCAUGCCCAAUAAAUUAAGCAGAGUAAUUUUCUUACCACCUUGUUCAUUUUUCUCUGUAAAUUAUUAAACAGAAUUCUUCAAUACUUGAUACAUUUAUUGUAAGAAGACUUCAUUAUAAGCACUUAUUAACUUAGAUAUUGAAUAAUUCUUAAGCUCAAUGAUGUUGAACGUAGUAUCAAAAUAUGCAAUUAAAAAAAAAAGUUAUGUUUUUAUAUCAUACAAUCUUUUCAUAUGUAUCAUUGGAAGAAUCGUAAAUCGUACGAGAUAUGAGUAUACUUAAAAUUGUAAUUAGUUAAUUCUGGGCACGGUACAAAUAUGUAUCUGUUAUACGGAUUAGUGGAUAAAUAUCUUGGUGAGAAAAUGGAGUGCCAUAUUAAUAAACGUGCCAUUUUAAGAAUGGCAUGUUACCAAGUACUAUUUUGCUAGAGAUGCACUAGCUCGAAGCAUCAACUAUUUGCCUGAAAAGUUACUAGAACAACGGCACUUUCAAUAGAAGAGAACAAAUAUAUAUUUAGCACUAUACUAUGCGCUACAAUCAGAAUUUUAAACGAUUGGAACAGUAAAAUCUUGAAGUUAAUCCUGAGUUGAUAACUAUAUAUAUGAAACCGCAAAUUUGAACUCCCAAGUUCGAAUAUAAGGAAACGUUCUCCUGGAUAAUUGUUUGUGUCAGAAUAAGACAUGCUCCACUUAUGAUAAAACAGCCACCCAGAAGAACAUAUCCAUCGAGAAGAUCAACCUUUUGUAUAGAACCUAACCCAACCAUGGAGGACCACACCAAUUGGCUGUAGGUUAAGCUAAAAAUAUGAUUGGAAAAUUGGAAAUAAAUUGUGAAUUUUAACAUGUCAUGUUAUGUAUAUGCUUUGGUGUUAUUCACAUUCUUUCUUUUAACAGGUUUGAUCAUCUUAAAAGUGGACAAUGAAAAGCAAGUGACCAGAACGAGUCUUAAUUGCUAACUUUAGUCCUGCCUUUUAAAAGGUGGAAAAAAAAUGUGAAAGACAAUGUUAUCUCCCUAUUGACAUAUGCAUGUCUAGUUUAUAUAGCCUAUAUAUAUUUUUGAUUUUUGCAGAAAAGGAAAACUUUGUUUUAAUAAGUAACUGCUUUAUUUAACACAAUUUACAUAAAUCUAAUUGACAAAUCUAAUUUAAUCUGCAUUAACAAAAUUAAAUUGUUCGUUAAUAAAAAAAACUCCUUAUAACGGGCAAGUAAUAACCUAAGAGCCCCCAGAUAAAAAAUAGUUUUUCCUUUUCUGGCAUCCACCGUGUGCCUUAAUUUGAACUUAAAUUAGUUGUCUUUCCAAUUACAGCACUAACAUUGGUGCGGCCAUUAGAGCCUGACCGAUACUGUAUUUUAGGGUCCGACAAAUAUUAUCAAGUCAAAAAUGACUGAUAUAUCGGCCGAUAUUCAAAAAUAUCGAUAUGCCUGUUUUUUAAAAAUAAAUAAAUAUAUAUAUAUAUAUUGUGGUAUCCUUGUGGUAGCGCUGCUCCUUGGGAUUUGCUGCUCACCCGCCAGCAAUUAUUUCGGCCACAGCAACAUCGCAUUACAAUCAUGAGCUAAAGGAACCAAUUAAAUGUGUGGGGAGGAGCUACUAAAUUUCCCACAGAACAUGACAAACUGUUAAUGUUGGGAGUGUUAACGUGGAUGUACUCAGUUCGUGUUUUGAGAUUCAGCCAACACAGGAGGAUUUAUAAAGAAGGAAUUUCAUUUAUAUAUCGACGCAAUUUCUGUAAAAGAAAUCGAGAUUUUAUUUCUAGCCUUGUUAAGCCAAUAUUGGGUAAAGAAAUCGACCAAGCGAUAUAUUGGUAGGGCUCUAAUUGUCACCCAUUGCACAGCCCAAACACAGAACUAGAGCGUAAUAUCGUAUCUUUCGACAUGUCUUUCUUUCUCACUGUUCAACACUGCCAUGUGUGUCGUCUAGUGUGUCCCGGCCACACCAGACGCAAUGUCCCUCGCCUGCCAUCGCCUUCCAUCCCCCUGCCCCUCUCUAGUCCAGCUAAUGGGAGUAUGCAACGGUUUCAAUGGAAGUGCUUGAAACCAGAAAAAAUAUAUUUAACCUGGCAAUGCGUCGGUUUGGUCCUGGCCAGCUUUACAAUGAAGCUCUGCCGUCAUCAAGUCUGACACGGACCAAGAGCGGAUCUGUUGACUUUCUCCAUACAGCACCUUGAUAUUGUAGUUUUUCUUUUUCGAGUUUUAUUCAAAUGUUAAAAUAAAUUUCACCUUUUUAUAGAAAACGAGGCAGCCAUGAGUGGUGCUGUAAAAGCCGCAUGAUGGUGGAGCGCCACUAUUAAAUUCUUCAGGGAGAAUCCUGAUACGAUUUUAGAUCAUCGACUGGUAAUAAGCCUGUGAUUUACCGUGUUUCUCGUGCGCUGAUACCGAAAAUUCUCGAACCAGAAUAUCAACGGCGAACCGAUACAUCGCUUGGCCCCUAAUCAUUUUCUUAUCCUCAGCUUGUUGUAAAAUUCGAUCAUUUGAGCUGUAAAAUAAUGUUGAAAAUAUAAUAGUGCUGUUUUCUUUGUAUGACUGCUUGUACUUCUUCUUUCCAUUGGGGUGGGGGUUGAAAUUGGGGGGAUAUCCCUCCAUUCCUGUGAACCCUUGCUGAAAUGGAUCUGGUCCACUGCAUUGUUGUGGUUGGGGCAGUUGUUUGGUAUGGUUGUAAUAUUGUUUGCCUUUUAGGUCUCUUCCAGCCUAGUAACCACGUUCUUGAUAUAGCCCUGGAUGCUCCUCUUCCAUCAACAUUUGGGGUCCAUGGUUUCUCUAUGGAUCCAAGCUUAUGAACAUUUACGAUACAUAUAGGGCAUUUAACGUACGCUUUCAUCCAAAGCGAAUUACAACAGUUUAUACACAGUGAUGGGGGACUCAACCAUUCAAGGCUUGAGCAUCAAGGGUUAGGUGUCUUGCUCAGGCACACGAUAGCUUCACUAUUCGAGGCAAUUUGUUACCAAUUGAAGAACAAAAUCUUAGCUUUAGCGUACAAUCAGAUGCUCUCAUAUAUAAAUCAUUCAUUGAAGAAACACAAUAUAUAGCUUAAUCGAUGCUCACAUGAGUAGGUUACCUGUUUUAGACUGCAUACCUUGGAUGUAUAUCUCCUCACUGGAAAGUUCAGCAAUAGAAGUUCUCAGUGCUUGAGCUGGUGUCAUAUGCAGGAAUUUAGACCGUGUCUGUCUGGGAAAUGGCGUGUUAUCUGGCUGACUGGUCUGGCUUGCCAAAUAUUGAGUAAGAAUAAAAUCAAGGUGUAGUUUCCUAGUCUUUAGUUUCAAACAUACCACAGAGCCCAGGCGCUUUGUUCAUUACGUAACAUUUUUCAGCUCAAAUUCAAAGCGAUUUAAAAUAACUGUAUUCAACCAUUAAGAUACAAGAAUCAUUCGAGUACAUACAAUUCAUAAAAUAAGCCAUGUGGCACAUUUUAGAAACGAAAUAUAGAUUGUUUUUAAGAGAUUAAUGCAUUGGCCAAUAGCCAGAUGGGAUUUUAUUGAGCGGCAGAUUUAGCACCCUGGUAGUGGGGGAGAAGGAAGCCUUUUGCGAAGCGGCCGGGCUGGGGGUGUAAUCUUUGACCAUGUUCUGGAUGAAGGAUGAGCCUUUCGCAGCACGGUUGGUAAGUACCAGUGACUUGAAUCGUAUUCAAGGAGCCCCAAGGGAAGGGUGCGGAGGAGCGGUGUAGUGUGGGAGAACUCGGGUAGGCGGAAGACCAGCUGGGCUGCUGCCUUCUGGAUGAGCUGCAGAAGUUGAAUGGCAGACCAGACAGAAGGGAGUUGCAGUAGUCCAGACCCGAGAUGACGCUAGCCUGGACGAAAACCUGCGUGGCCUUCUGGGUGAGGAAAGGACGUAUCCUCCAGAAGUUGUGGAGCAUAAAUCUGCCGGAGCAGGUUGCAGCAAAGGACAUCUGGUAAUCCAGUGUCACACCCAGGUUCAGUUUGAGCCACACACAACAGUUCUGUACCGUAGAGUUCUCUACAUGGAUGGAGAAGUCGUUGAUGGGAGAUGCCUUCCCUGAAACGAAAAGCAUCGAUCUCGUUCAGACUGAGCGUCAAGUGGUGUUUCGAAAAUCCACGAGAUGUCGGCUAGACACUCGGAUUUAAAGCUGGCACCUGGUUUCAUCUGUCCUCUGCAUAGCUGUGGUAGGAAGUGCCAUGAGAGUGAAUCCCAGAACCCAGUCACUUGGUAUAUAGAGAGAAGAUGAUGGGACCCAGAAUAGAAUCCUGAGGCUUGUUGGGCUACACGGUUCAGAUUCUUUCAUGUGAGAAGGCAGAGUGCAGAGCCUGAGACCCCCAGUCUGGUGCUUUUCUAGCAGUGUGGAGUUUAUCUGAAUGCAAGGAGGGCCGCCUCCAUUGAAAGGGUUUAUUGGUGAUGGUUAAAGAGUUGGGUAAAGACGUCACACAAGUGUUUUCGAAAUCAAUGGAUGGAGAGAGACAAGUCUGUAAUUCUUAACAUCAGAUGGGUUUGGUGUGGGUUAAUUUUUAUGGAGGGUUCACUGCUGUACGAUUUUUCGGAUAACAACCAGUUAUCAAAGAGGUAUUGAUGAGAUGGGUAAAGAAAAAAAGGAUGGUAGCCAUACACUGAAGGUAGUUUGUGGAUAGGGUUGAGAUGGCAGUUGGUAUGAAUUGACCACGGGUGGAGCUCAAAGGGAUAGUGCUAGAAAGAAAAAAUUAGUGCUGAAGAGGUGGAGAGGACAGGUGUUGGAUGAAAUUUGUAAUUUUUUUAAGAUGGGGUAACAAAAUUCCUCUGGAGGAGUGAAAUGAGGGAGCGGGUGGAUGAAGGAGGAGAAAUAAGAUGGACAUAACGAUUUUGGGGGUUGGAUUUGGUAGUUAGAAUUUUAGAUUGUAAGAAAGAGCUUUUAGCUGCAGAUAAGAUGGUAGAAAAGAGGAGCGAAGAGAAUAAUAAGCAAGAACAUUGUCAGGGGGCUUGGAUUUGCACCUUGUCUCUCAGCCACGUGUAAUGGCCCCGUCAGCACUCUGCUUGCUUGUGCCUGCCAGUUGGAUUAGGGUAGAGAAGAGAGAAUAAUGUCCAUGGAAGAGAUGCGAAAGGCAUGAGUGAGAAGGAGUCAUUUGAGAGGAGAGCUGAUAGGAUAUAUGAAGCGAGAGAGGGGGGGAGAGUUGCUGCGUACAGUGAAAGAAUGUGUAGAAGCGGGAGGUGGUUCGACAUUUGGAGAGGUGAAAGUGAUAUGAAGAGGCAAUGCAGAAAGGUCAGUGGCAGAGCCAUUCCUUGUGGUAGUUUGACCAGCUCUCUGCGUUGUGGGGGGGGAGGGAUUGAUGGAAGAGAACAACUACUGAGAUGAUAACUUGUGUCUGGAUGUUGAAAUCACCGAGAAGCACCAGCGGGGGGCCCUCUUCGGGGAUGUUCGGUAGGAGGACGUCUAAUUCCCAUGGAGGACCCGGUGAGCGAUAGAGAUCAGCAAUGUAUAAUUUCACCUGGUAAGUUACAGACACGGACUGAAAUUCGAAAGGCGUUGAAGGUGUAAAGAGAAAUCUUUUAUUAGUUGGGUUAUUGGAAGAUACCUAAGGAACCAGCCCCAUGGGGAACAGGUUUCUAAAGGGAAUGUAGGCGAUUCAAGAGAAAAUGUAAACCAAUCAGCAUCUGCUUUGCCAAUGGCCGGCCGCAUUCGUUCUGAUGCUGAUUGGCUGCCUUGCUCCAUCGGUGUCCCUGGCCAGCAUGAAACUGGCAGGGCAGGUUUGACAGAACUAAAUCUGCACGUGAAAGUAGUCCUUUGUUUUAGCUUCCCUUGGACGAGUUUCCGCUCAAAGUUAAUCAUAUUCCUUUGAUUGAUUCCAGAGAGGACACAGUACAGCAGGUUAUACUUUGAGUGAGGAAAGGCAUUUGAUACUUAAUAAUAUACAUAUAAAUGCAUUAUUCUUUAAGGGCACACAGAACAAGUUAAUUACAAGAUGGGGGAUGUUUUUUUCUUUUUGUAUUGAUAUAACAUUGCCUAUAUUUAAUGAUGAAAGGCCAGUAAAUCAAUGAAAGGUCAGCUUUAGCAAACAAAAACAUGUCCUGCAUCAAGCCAGCAGUGACUCGAUUGGAGAGUAGAUAUUCAUGGCGCCACAGAAACCCACAGCAAUAUAUAUCCUAUUCAAGUAGCCCCACGUUCAGCGUGCAGUAUCUGGACAUCUUCAGUCAUCGAUCCAUUAUAUUUAUAGACCUGUCUUUUGUACCCAUAAUCAGCUGUGUUUGUCGUUUGGGUUCCAUGUAACCUCCAUCUCCAAUUCCAGCACUGUUCUCCUGAAUGACCUCCACUUGUCUCUUAUCUUCCAGUUAAAGCCAUCAUCGAUCAUGAGACCAAGAACGGUAUUCCUGUAAUCGUAUUAUGAGCGUCUUCUCCCAGGGGGGGAGCCCUCUCCAUUUAGACUGCCCAGAUGUGUCGGCAGCAGUUGGCUGGUGCUUUGUCACUGAGCUACAGGCUACCACUCCAAAAGACCUUCCCACAGGCGGCAAGCAGCAGCGGCAACAAGAACACGCAUCCUGCAGUGCCUCAGAGAGACGGACCUGAUGGUGUCGGAGCAGGCUGGAGCACCAACGUACAAGAAGCUGAAGAGCAUUGGGAAUCACGACUAGAUCUCCUUCAGAACCAACCAUGGGUUCGUCGACAGCUGCUGUCCACAGGAGAUGGCGGCUGUAAAGGAUUAUUUUGAGAAGCGGUUGCCUUGACUCUCUCUCUCUCUCUCUCUCGCUCUCGCUCUCGCUCUCUCUGUCUCUGUCUCUGUCUCUGUCUCUGUCUCUGUCUCUGUCUCUGUCUCUGUCUCUCUCUCUCUCUCUCUCUCUCUCUCUCUCUCUCUCUCUGGAGUUAUGACCCUUGCACAGAAGAAUAUUAAUAUGGGAUGUCUCAUUGCAUCUACAAUUCCGGUACUAAAACCUAAUUUUAAAUCAAAUCUAAAAUAGGACAUAUCUGUAUUUUGAUUGUGGAGGAAAAAUAAAAUGAGGCCAAUUUCAUUGGUUCAAUUA